UUUAACCAUUAUGGCUGUGUUUUUCGUCGCUAAAGUGGCUUGAAGAUCGUCCUUUUCUCACACCUUAAUCUGGUAUGAACGGAAAACAGGAUUAGAAUGGAUUCAUCCAACGAGCUGUUCUCAGAUCCCCUUGACUCCCUCCCUGUCAAUGCGACAGUCGGUGACGUCAUCAAUUUGGACAGUGUCUCCCAAGACUCGGUCCCUCUGGAUGACACGCUGAGCGCCGAGGGUAUCAUCUCUGAGACGGAGCCCACGGGAGAGGAGGUUGGGGCUGGCACAACUGAAGACCAACCCUCUGAGGAAAAACAAGAGCUUGAGGGAGGCCAGAAGGCCAAAGUUGGGUCACCCAAACCCUUUGAUGCAAGUCUCUUUGGGAAUCUGGUCGAAGACGUGAGUGCAAGCUCUGCAACUGAUUUUGCCAUCGAGGCACCGGAUGCCAGUCUCUCGAGCCUCGAAGGUGACAGGUGUACAGAUGAUGAACCCACCCAGGAGGAGCUGAACAGAUCUGAAACUUCAGCCAAGGACAUGAAGAAGCAAACAUCUGUGGAUGGUUUUGAGACCCAGCCCAUCGGAAGUCCUGGUGGUCAGUUCCAGUUUGCUGAAAUGGGUAGCCCCUUCGCCGAAGAGGGCCAACCCCAGAGCUUGGUAGCUGUGGAGACGGUGACAGCUCCUGGAGGGCAACCCCCCAUCAGUAGUUUCUUUGAUGAAGGGGACGUGGCCGAGGUGGGUGACGCCGAUGGGGAGAGCUUCUUUGAUUCCUUUACGAGUGCUGGGGACGGAUUCCCGAGCUCGGGAUCUUUUGAAAGCCCACGAAUGGAUGAAGAUACGGCAGCAGCCGUUGGUCCAAGUGAAGCACCAGAGGCAAGCCCGCAACCUCAACAGAAAGACUCACUCUUGCCAUCAUCGUCAAACUUGCCCCCUUCUCCCACAGAGGGAUCGUCCAAGGAGGUCCAAUCUGAGAGCAACACUUCUAGGACCUCUCAGGAUCCUCCAUCAUCCAAGCAGACUCUCCUGGAGCUUGCCAGACAGACUUCCGGCCAGCAUAGCCCUGAAGUCACUCCAGGUGAACCAAUUCCCAGCCAGCAUUCCCCACUCGCUGAUGUCACUAGCCCCCAUGUCUGCAAUGUUCAAGACAAAAUGGAAGGUGAGCCCUUCAAGGUGGCUUUCUUGAAGACCCAGUCUGGAACAUCUAUUCCCAUAUCGCAGGAAGGCCUUGAACAACCAGCAGGACUGCUAUCAGAUCAACAAGAGUUAUCGCCUGUGCCUUCCACCAGUCAGUCCAAGACUCCCCAACCAGAGCCGAAACAGACCACCCCUCCCAAGCCACAACUCUUUGCACCGAUGAGCCCCACCCAAGGAGAGGACAUCUUUGCCGCGGCACUUAGCACAAGCCAGAGCGACCGCAGACAUGAUGCCUGGCUGUCCUCCAGUGCAACGCAGAAGGUUCUUGCCAAUAGGAUGCUGGCCUUGCAAGGGACGGAGUUUGUCGACAGAGCUCAGUUGACUAUGCCGGGAAUCGUUCUUGAAGACCCACAAGGCGAUCCAGUGAAGGAGUUAGUGUCUCGGUACAUGGGGGAGGCAGAGGCCAGUAAGCGUGUGGCGCUAACAGCCAACCAAGUCACACAUGACGAAGCUGGAUUGAAAAAAUUAUUGGAUACUGGCUGCUUGCGGGCGGCAGUUGAUUUGACAGGGCUUCUGUUGACCUCUAUGGGUCAGGGCAAAGGUCAAGCAGGGCUACCCUCCAAGCACACACCCCAGUCGCUGCAGAUUUGGCUGACGCGCCUGGCUCUUCUGAUCAAGUUGCAGCAGUACAGCAUGGUGGAGGUCGAGUGUGAAGCCUUCGGCAAUCUGGACAGGCCCGAUCUCUACUUCGAGUACUACCCAGAUCUCUAUCCCGGACGGCAGGGAACCAUGGUGCCGUUCUCAUUCCGUGUGCUGCAUGCCGAGUUGCCGAUCUACUUGGCAAAAUACCAGGACGCAUUGAAUAGGCUCUACCAUAUACUGGAUAUAGUUAAUCAGAUUUUGUUCAAUCUUGAGAGUGGUAUGAGUGAGUAUGGCAAGGAGAUCGAGCUGACAGAAGACAACAGACAAGCAUCGAUCGAUCUGUGGAGGUUUCGAGAAGUCCGGGUGCUAUACUCCAUCGGCAACUGCCUACUGUCAAUGAAGGAUUUUAAUCAGGCUGCUUCUGUAUAUGAGACGUUACUCACGAAGGACCCCCAGAAUGCCUCCAACCUCUUAUCUGGCAUCGGACGAAUCUUCUUGCAGCUGGGAGAUCUGAAAGGUGCUCAGGGGGUGUACGCCAAGGCUGAGGAAAGCUACAACGGAGCACAGGAUGUGACAUCCCAAGCAAACAUCCUCAUGAAUAAGGCCUUCAUGGAAAUGGCUCAAAACCAGUACCCCGAAGCAAGGAAGUCCUUCGAUGCUUUGCUCGAGAUUGAUCCGGAAAAUUUUACAGCUAUCAACAACCAGUCAGUCUGCCUGCUGUACAUGGGCAAGCUGAAGGAGGCCCUGGCUCUCCUGGAAACACUUGUCCACAGUGACCCUACUAGGUACCUAGACGAGGGCAUGCUCUUCAACCUGUGCACCCUGUACGAGCUGGAGUCUUCCCGCAGCACCCACAAGAAGCAGACACUGCUGGGGUUGGUCGGAAAGCACAAGGGAGAUGGUUUCAACAUCGGCUGCCUGAAGAUGCUUUAGACUAAAUCCAGCCCCCUUAUGGUCAGGGGCCAAUUUCAUAGAGCUGCUUAAGCACAAAAUUUGCUUAAUCACAAAAAAAACUUUGCUUAAUAUAAUCAGGUUACCCACCAAAACGUCAUGCGAUUGUUAUGCUAAGUAAACAACAGCUAAAUACCAGUCACAAGCGAUGUACAUUGCAUGGCGUUUUGGCCAAUAUACUGAUAAUAUUAAGCAAGGGUUUUUUUUGUGCUGAAGAAAAUUUUGUGCUUAAGCAGCUCUAUGAAAUUGGCCCGUGUCAUCCUUUCAAACACCCUAUAAAGGGUUAUAAACAAGCGGAGUACUGGCAGCAAAAAGGUUAAUUUUCAUGAGGGUGAGCGCGGUUGGAAAGAUCCCCGAUUGUCCAAGUUUAAAAAGCCAGAAUUGAAGCUGUGGACAGUUGCUGUCCUUAAUCAGUGACGGAAAAAGUUCCACUCGGGAAUUGUAGUUGGAAUAAUUAUGUGAUGUAAUUAUGUGAAGUGGAAUAAACAAAGAAUCUGGUGUGCAACCCCUUGUA